AUGUCUACGCCUUUAGAUAUCGAUAAUGUAUCUCGAUGGACAUUAGAUGGUUUCAAAUUCCUGCAAAAGCUUUUUGGCGAAAAGUAUAUAAUUGGAUAUCAUUUUGAUCCUGAUACAUCACCAAGUACCUCAGUUUUACCCAAGAGAUUCAACUUAUCUUUUGAUUAUGUUCUAUCACUUCUUAGUAAUAGCAGUCGAGAUGGAUUUGAUGCAAAAAAAUUUCAUGAGUUAUGUGACAACAAAGGUUCAACUAUCAUGAUUUCAAAAUUGAAAGAAAAUGCUAAAUUAUUUGGUAGAUACAAUCCAUUAAAUUGGAGACCUUAUGACGGUAUUAAAGAUCUUACUAGGCGUGAUAAGUGGAGUGGGGAUUUACAUGAUAGUUUUUAUUUUCUUUUACAAGUAAAUAAUAUAUUAAUUCAGGGUACAUUGCAUUGA